AUGUCUCACGUUCCCACCUCCAACGAAUGGAGCUCUUCAGCAGUGCAGCCCCAGCCCAAUGGCGACAUAUUUGCCUCUUUACUCAGUUUCGAGAUACGCUGGAGGGACCGGCAGCCAUUUCUUGAAUCUCGAGGUUACAUGUUGCGUCCUAGGUAUCGUCCAGGCUGGGUGCCUUCGUGGAGGGGAACCGCAAGAUUUCCGAUCUUUUUCGAGGAUUCGUUGACACUUCCGUUCCGAGAGCAUCUGGUCGAUGCAACCAGAAUUGCUGACGGGCAGCUUGUCUAUAUCAAACGUGUUCAAACUGGUGACGAUGAAUCACAGAUCGCAACGAUGCUUUCCUCUCCGCCCUUGCGGGAUGACCCCGAAAACCAUUCCGUUCCCAUCCUAGACACCUUCCGUGAUGCAGAGGAUGAGAAUAUAUCAUACAUCGUUAUGCCGUUCCUGCGUCUCGUUGAUGAACCUCCUUUCGCGCUAGUUGGAGAAAUGGUCGACUGCGUUGACCAGAUUAUGGAGGUGAGCCAGGAUCCUGAACAUAGUAUUAGGGCCUUCGACUGCACAUACAAGAAUCUCAUGAUGGACGCACAUGCUAUGUAUCCUCAAGGCUUCCAUCCAAUCAGGGAAUCUUUCUUCCCUGAUGGUGUAACAACGGCUGCCCCCCACUUGCGACGAGCUGACGUCAAUGUCAAGUACUACUAUAUCGACUACGGCAUAUCGGUGUACUUUCCUCCAAACGCAGAUCAAAAGCUCGUAGUCGGGACUCUCGGGCGGGAUCAAGAGGUUCCUGAACUGUCCGACGAUGUUCCGUACGAUCCUUUCAAGGUGGACGUAUUCAUCGUCGGAAAUUUCUUUUUACAUACCUUCUUUGGGAAAUUCACAAACGUCGACUUCCUACUCCCGCUGAUAGCAUACAUGACGAUUGCUGAUCCCAGCCAAAGACCAACUGCUGCCCAAGCAUUCGCUUAUUGGCAAAAGCUCCGUGAUACUGUCUCAGAGCUCCACAUGAUGUGGCAUCCUCGACCGCGUGACGGAUCGCUGAUCUCCACCGCUUUCUUCGACUUUGUAUCUCUGGUGAAUGCUACUUCCUACUUCGGGAGGCGUCUGACAGGAUGGGUGUAG